AUGAAAAAACUCAAAGGGACUCAUUCGAAGGCCGCAAAGGCCUCACUUAAACCAGCACACUCAACCGAGUUCUCAACGGAGAACAUGCUCCGCGACAUAAAGAAGGUCGUCAAGGCAUUCGGUAAAGGGAUUAUGAAAAGCCCUAAGGAUCUGAAGAAAAGCACCAAACUGGCUUCCAUUCGACUACCCAGCGACCAACUUAUGUCUGACGAUUUAGGGGAUCGGGAAGAUGACAACGAGACCGAAGAAAGCCAGUCAGACGUAAAACUCGGUGAUGAGGAAAUUCCAGAUUCUGUAGAAAAGAAGGACAAAGUGAAGCGUGUGACUGGUACAAUUGAGGCUACUUCCCAUAGGCAGGUAUCAUCGGCUGAUGACACAUCUUCCACCGGAACCACGAGGGUCAUAUUCUCUAAUCUUAACGCGACACCAGACGCAUUCGAGAGUCUGAUACAGGAACACGUCGCCACCUGCGGACCGUACGAAAAAUGUUUUCUGGCCUCACGUAGGAAAGGUGUGCUGGUUGUAGCCAACGAGGGUAUAGCCAACACAUAUGUAGAGCACCUAAAUGGAUCGAAAUUUAACGGCGAACUAAUAUCCGUGUCAGUAUCAACUCGCAACAAAAAAGAUGGCGCUAAGAAGACAUAUAUGCCGUCGGCCGAAACGUUCAAGUCCCUCAUACUACAAAACGUGCCGAAGCAAGUUGAACCAGCCGACUUGGAGAAGGCAAUCAAUUCAGUACCAGGUGCUGUAUACAAAUCAAUGGAAAAAGUUGAAGACGGCAAGUGGAAAUUUUAUUUCCAAAGUGUCCCAGAUUGUAUCAAAUUCAACUCACUGCUUAACGGGUACACUCUCGAAUUCACAGUACAAAACAAAAGUAAAAAGGUGAAACUAAAGUGUGAGGCGCCUUCUUUUGGUACGAAAACGUCACAUGCUGGUCGAGUAUUUGUUCGAAAUCUUCCGUUUAAUGCAACUACGAAGCAACUUGAAAAGGUCGCGCAUUCAUUAGAUAAGGGUGCUACUGUACAUCUGCCUCGUGGAGAAAAAGGGGGAUUUGCAUUUAUUCAGUUCUCUAACUUUCAAGUGGCCGAAAAAGCUAUUCGCCUCUUAAACGGUAGCGAAUUCGGAGGGCGUACCAUACGUCUAACGUUAGCGCUUCCUACAGAGAUUUAUAGUGGAAAACCAAAAGAAGCGGAAGGAAACGCAGAAGAUACGGUCGCCGAUAACGAUGAGAGCGACAACGAACACCGUGAUUCCGACGACGAUAAUCAGGAGGAAAGUGACGAGGGGGAUCAGCCUGAGGAUUAUGAUGAAGAAGAAGGUGACAAUGAUGAUGGUGAUGAAGAAGAGUCAGAUGAGGGAUCCACUUAUAGUGAUGAUUCUGCUGUGACGAACAAUGAAUCUGUUAAUGACGCACGUGAGCACACUUCUACUGGGAGGCAAACCAAAAAGGACGAACAUCUUCGCACCAUAUUCGUACGGAACUUGAGCUACGAAUCGACAGAUGCCGCAUUACGCGAUUAUUUUGGCACAUUUGGUGAUGUCGAAGCGUGCAACAUUUGCAAAGACGCUCAAGGAGUCAGCCGCGGUACUGCGUUUGUGCUUUUCAAAACCGCCGAAGACGCACGGAAAAUACUUGAUAUGGAGGAAAUGGCACUGGAGAGAGACUCUGAGUAUGGUAAUACUGCAGCUAAUACCGCCGUACAUAAGCCAGUGAAGAGAUCCCAGGCAGCCGGUCUUGGUUUCUCUCUAAAUGGUCGUAGAUUGCGAUUGUCUAUGGCCGUCAGCCGAGACGAGGCCAAGGGACUGACCAACACUCGGCAAGAAAAAUCUGAUACCGCCCACAAUCUAAAGAAGCGAACUGACCUUUUAAUGGAGGGAGUGAUCACUGAAAACUCCCCUGAGUUCCAGAAGCUAACGCCCAUGCAAAAAAAACUACAAAUAUCCAGCUAUAAGGAAAAAUUGGAAAAGAUGAAAAACCCUAAUAUGUUCAUCAACCCAAAGCGACUAUGUAUACGUAACUUGCCUAAUAACGUGGAUGUGAACGCUCUGAGGCUUGCGAUUGCGACCCAUUUCCGCAGAAAUGUCGACGUGAAACGUAUUUGCGGUAUGAGUAAGGUAGACGCUAGUCGUGCCAUUGGUAAAGUAACGAUUUUGGCAGACGACAAGCGCAAGGUGGUGGUGGAAGGGACAAAGAUACGCAGACGUAAGCCCUUUGCAUUUAUCGACUUCAAGGAGGAAGAACUUGCACUUCAGGCUCUGCGAUUUCUUUCAAACAACUCCGAGAUAUUCGGGCCGCGUCACUGCCUAUUUGCGGAAUUCGCAAUCGAGGACAGCAGAGCGCUUUACGUACAAAGGAAGAGGAAGGAACAGUAUCAUGCAAACUUGGAAGAGAAACUUGCGGAACAAAAACAGCAUAAAGGCACGCCAAAGUUGGGUGAGAGACGCAAGAAGCGCAAGACAUAUAGCCGUGGCAGGCUACAACGGAUGAAACGUCGCAAAAUGCUAGAGUCAAGGACAGAACAGGCACAAUGA